CCUGAGUAACGCUAUACCUAACGUUGUGUUCAGGCCUUAAAAUACGACCACGUGGAUUUCAUAAAAACAUUUCAUAUAAACAAACAAAAUAUUGACAUUCAUUACAAAAUGAACGCUUCUAUUUUGUCAAAGGAUCAACAGAAACGAGUAAUAUCAGUCAAAAAGAAAGGGCCAUCAAAGGGUUUACGUAAUGUUCUUGCUCAACCGUUUAAUAAUUAUUGGCCAGUUCUCAAUAACGAACAAGUUGGACCCUUCGAACAGAUUUUAAAGAAAUCAUUAUCUUUUCUACAUCAACCAAAGAAAUCUAUUCCUUGGACACAAUUACGGAAAAUGAGUCGAGAAGAACGUUUAGCAAUAAAAAAAUCAAAAUUAGAAAAUAAAGAAAUUUCCCCUUUAAGCUUGUUAUUUGUCAGUGGAAUUAAUGCUGUUACACGAGGAUUGGAAAAAAAAUGUUUGAGUUCUGUAUUACUUGAUUCCCAUGUUGAACCAAUUUUAAUUAAGCAUAUUGUCAUAAUGUGUGAGAAUGAUAAUAUUCCAAUUAUUUUAGUACCUGGUUUGAAAAUUAUUUCUUUGGAAACAAUAGGAUUUAAAACUGCUGCAUUUGCAAUUAAGAGUGAAGCUCAAAAGUCAAAGAAUGAGAAUCUCAGUUGUCUACAUAAAAAAAUAUUUGAAUUAUCCAGUGAAUUUGAACAACUAAAAUUAUCCAAUCCUCUACCUUUAGAAGUGAUUUCUACAUGUGAGAAAACUGCAGGAGAGAUUUCUGCAGAUUUUCCAAAAAAAAUUGAUACUCCAGUUACAGUAUUAACAAACAUUUAUUUGCAUAGAUCUUCAAAUGAAGAAAGAGUUUUUAUUCCCGAAGAAGAGAAUAAAGAUUGUUCUCUUUCUUUCAAUAAAUGGACCGACUAUAUACCAUUAGGAAAUGAUGAAGAUUCGGAACCAAAAAAAUUGUGUAAUAAACGAUAUACCACAUCGAAUGCUGUUUAUAUACCUGUUAAAAUGAAACGAAUGCAAGGGAAUAAUAAUAGAAUAAAAGCAACGAAAGCUCAAAACUAAAUAUUAAGUUUUUGUUUCUAAAUAAAUUAAAUAUUCGAAAAUAAUAUUCAUUUAUAAGUUUGUUACGUAUUAUAAUACAAAUAAAAUUUUAAUACCAAUAAAAAUUAUAAUUAUUCUUUUAA